AUGCUGGUCCAAGCUUAUGAUCCAUUUCUCGAAUGGAGACCGUUCGUCACGAACCCAUCGAGCUACUACGAGGCACACUACCACGAGAUCAUUGCGUCAAUUGUCUUUUACCAGCUGUUAUACGUGCUAUCUCCCUUGAUAUCGAGAUCCACGUUUGGUGAGCACUAUGAUAAGCUGUUGCAGUCUUCCAAGCUCAACUUUGACAUCCACGUCGUGUCGAUGGUUCAGUGCAUCAUCUCCAUCCUCGUCAUUAUCCCGCUGAUUGGUGAUGAGCACCUCUCCGCCAACACUGUGCUGCACUACACCCCAUACGCUGCGUUUGUCAGCUCAAUAACCAUUGGCUACUUUGUGUGGGACCUUUUCGUGUGCAUUCGUCAUUUCAAGCUAUUUGGCGUUGGAUUCCUCGUACAUGCCAUUGCGUCCCUCUUUGUCUUCUGUUCCACUUUAAGACCAUUCUGCCUGGGCUGGGUGGCAUCUUUCCUCUCUUUUGAGCUGUCGACACCGUUUGUCAACGUCAAUUGGUUUGCAAACAAGUUGCCCACCGGCGCCAUUCCAAACUGGGUCAUCGCAGUCAACGGGCUGCUCUUGAUCGUGGUGUUCUUCUUCGUCAGAAUCGUAUGGGGCUUCUAUGCUAUCUACUGGGUCCUGUGUGAGUUCUGGAAGUACAGAGACCAAGUCCCAGUCGUGCUCUGUGUGAUAGUUGUGAUCUUGAACGUUGGCCUGGACACUUUGAACGUGUUCUGGUUCCAAAAGAUGAUCCAGAUCGCUGCUAAAAAGUUCAAUUCUUCCUCCAAAUCCAAGCAGGAGUGA